CAAAUUAAGAGUUUGGACUUGGAAAUUUCAUUGUACUAAAUUUCCGUCUUCUCCAUUUCCAAAGUCUUCAAAAGUCAUUUUGACCGUUUUCGUUGUCUUCUCUAUAUAAACCACCAUCAUCUUUCAACGACACUAUAUAAUAUUAUAGAUAUGGCAACUCCAACCAACAAAGAGCACUUCUCCGGUGGACUUGCAAAGGUUUUGGCAGAAAAAUGGCAAGAGCACUUCUCAGCUAUCUCUGCCCACAAACUUAUUCUGGCAUCAAGAUCGGAGGUGUUUAAGAAGAUGUUGGAAUUAGACGAGUUCAAGACUUCGACUAAACAUGUGGAAACAAUCACUCUCUCGGAGAUGAAACAAGAAGAGUUAGAAGCUUUUGUUGAGUUUAUUUACAGUGAUGGCUCAAAGCUUUCUGCCAACGUGAAACAACAUGCUCGGUCACUCUAUCUUGCGGCUGAUAAAUACGAGAUUAUGCAUCUACGAGACCUAUGCAGAGCCGAGCUUAUAUCUUCUCUGAGUUUCUCGAAUUCUCUUGACAUCCUUGAGCUCGCGCAAAUCCCUUUUGACAAAGUCCUUCACGAUGCAGCCUUUAGUUUUAUCAAAAAGAAUUUAAAAACGAUUGAUAGCUCUGAUGAGUUCAAGUUGUUCAUCGCCAGUAACCCAAAUCUUGCCGUGGAGAUAGUGAAGGCUUCUCUUACUUGUACUUUAGGCUGUUCUAGUUGUGGUUACAACUAUACUCCUCGUAAUGGAAGCUGUUGUAGUUGUGGUCGCAUCGGUACUCUUCGUUUGAUCUAGAAAAUCACAAUGUAUUUUAAUUUCUGUCGUAUCACUUUGAUAAACCACAUGUUCUCAUUUUUAAGGGAUUGGAUUUCUUCGUGUU